AUGUAUUGGCGUGUGCACUAUAUAAGUCGUAUCUUUGGCUCCCUUACUCAAUCGUCCUGCCCAGAGUCAGGAGCGGUUAACGAUGUCGCUGACGAUUCAGUUUCCACUCCUGUGUGCGCUCUUAGCCUUGGGAAAUGCAGCGCCGAAAGCAGAUUCAGGUCUCCUUCCUUACGGGACGUAUCCUUUAGCUAGUCCUAUAUCAACACCUUCCCCCUAUACAUACCCUCCUUCUUAUCCUUGUAUGCAACAGCUGACUACGCUCUGCACGAAAACAUUUCAGGUCCCGUGUACUUACCAAGUGCCUUUCACGGCUAUCCACCAAGUCCCCGUUGUGUGCAGACGCGAAAUCCAAGCCCUCGCUACGUAUCAAGCUCCUGUAUCAGGCACCCGCGACGACGUUGUACAAAGCCCCCGUGACGGCUGAGUUCCAUGUCCCCGUCACAGCCGUGUAUCACGUCCCUGGAACCGCUGUGUAUCACGUUCCUGCCACGGCCACAUAUCAUUCUCCCUCAACAGCCACGUAUCAUACUCCAGCCACAGCUACGUACCAUGCCCCUGCCACAGCCAUGUACCAUACCCCUGCAACAGCCACAUACCAUGCCCCAACCACGAACACGUACCAGGCUCCAGUCACAGCGACGUACCACACUCCUGGAAUAGCCUUUUACCAAACGCACGGUGUAGCCACUGUCCCCGCGGCUCAUGUGCACCACGGGAUCUGGCCUUUCGGCCUUCCAGUAUCACCUUAUGUGCCUCAUGUGGCGUACGGGAAGAAGCGCUGAGGUUGCUCCUUUGGCAUCGAAUAAUGAAGAAAAGUUUCCCUUACUUUCUGUUUAUAUAUUAUAUCAACGAAUAGUUGCUCCUGAGCUGAAAUAGCUAUUGCUACUAAACAAAAUUACGCGAGAGGUAGAUUUUAGAUUGUAAAUACAGCAUGUAAUGUAUGUAGAAGAACAAAUACUGACAUGGUGAUUAAACGAAUAAACUAGUGAAUGAUUAAUCAAGAUAAUGACGACUUCACAUUCCAGUUUGGAAAAAAAAUCAAAUUAUCUCCAAAACAACGAUUUCCAGACAGGUGAUAAGAAAACGAGAGAUCGCAAAAACUCAUGGCGGUGUACGCAGUUGGAUAACCGUCAGACACACAUAAAAUAUGGAUUUUUUCUAAUUUGAUUGCAUUUACUACUUAGCAUAAACUGAGAAACAACUUUCGGCGAGUAAUAACUACAUGGCCUUAUGGAUCUAAAUAUGUUUGCCGCAUACCCCAUGAAGUUAAUAUCAAGUAAAGUAUUAAGUAAUUUUAUGUUUGUAUAAGUAACAACACUUAAAUGAAGAAACAAUUGUGGAAUUACAUGUGGAUGAAUGUUGCUGUUUCAGGUUAGUUAUAUCUAUAGUGUGUCAGAAACAGAGAAUGUAUCAUUUAACUUACCAAGGCAUUGUAACAAAACAUAUUGUAAUAAUAAUAUACCAUUUAAUACUAA